UUUUUUUUUAGUAAAGCGUCUCGCGCUUCCCUGGUUGUGCAGGGAAACUGGAGUGUUUCCGUCUCCACUCGGGGUCGCUAAUCGGAAUUCAAUAUGGCUGAUGGACAGGCGGGAGUCUGAAGGCUACGGUAACCGGGCAGGAGUAGAGAUACAGUUACAAGGCCUAUUUCUGAGAAAUUCUGCAAACCAUGGCUACAGGAGGAGGUCCACCAGACGAGGCUUUGAGCGACCAGGAUUUACCUAACUGGAGUCAUGAGUCUCUUGAUGACAGGCUAAAUAAUAUGCACUGGAAUGGGCAGAAGAAGGGAAACCGAUCAGCAGAGAAAAACAAGAAAAAGUUUGUGGAGUGUGACUUACGCCUUACAAAUGAUAUUUCUCCCGAGUCAUCUCCUGGUGUUGGUCGGAGGAGAGCCAGAACACCACACACCUUUCCACACACCAGAUAUGUUUCUCAAAUGUCUGUUCCAGAGCAGGCCGAACUGGAAAAGCUCAAACAGAAAAUCAAUUUUAGUGAUUUGGAUCAGAGGAGCAUUGGAAGUGAUUCUCAAGGCAGAGCUACUGCUGCAAACAAUAAACGUCAGCUUGCUGAUAACCGCAAGCCAUUUAACUUCCUUCCAUCGCAGUUAAACACAAACAAGGAGAAGUCGAAAAGUCCACCAAAGAGGGAAGCCAGUACUCGUUCUUUGACAAAGGAUUUUCUGGCAUCUGCUUUAAAUAAAGAUUUCUUAUCAAAUUCCCAAGCCUUCCUGGAAGAAGAAAGUAAGAGGGAACCAGCUAUCGACAGUAGUCAGGUUGUGAGUAGACUUGUUCAGAUUCGUGACUAUAUCACCAAGGCCAGUUCCCUGAGAGAUGAUCUUGUUCAGAAAAAAGAUUUGUCUGUCAAUGUUGAACGAUUAUCAAACUUAAUUGAACACCUGAAAUUCCAGGAAAAGUCUUACCUUAAAUUCCUUCAAAAGAUGCUUGCUAGCGAAAAUGAGGAGGAGGAUGUUCGGACAGUAGAUUCAGCAGUUGGAUCUGGUUCUGUUGUUGAAAGCACAUUAUUAAACUUUGAUGUGCCGUCUGAAGCUUCAGACACCACGGGAGUAGAUCCUCGGCAAGAGGCAAAGGAAGAAUUAAAGAACAUGAAGAAGCAGCAUGCAUUGCUUACUAGGAUGCUUCAACAGCAAGAACAACUCCGGACACUAAAGGGAAGACAGGCAGCCUUACUUGCAUUACAGCACAAGGCUGAACAAGCUAUUGCUAAAAUGGACGAAUCUGUUGUGACUGAAACCACAGGGAGUGUGUCUGGUCUCAGUUUAACAUCAGAACUUAAUGAAGAGUUGAAUGAUCUGAUCCAGCGCUUUCACAACCAGCUGCAUGAUUCUGAGGAUCCACCUGCACCAGAUAACAGGAGGCAAGCAGAAAGCCUUUCACUUGCUAGAGAAGUUUAUCGAAGUAGAAACUCCUCCACCUCAGAUACCCCUUUAGAAGACAAAAGCCCCCUUUUCAAUAAUGUUGGUGUGCUGCUGGAGAAAAAACAGAAAAUGGAUACCCUUUUAGGAGAGCUUCACACCCUUCAAGAUCAGCAGCUGAAUAAUACUGCAUUUGUGGCAUCUUCAGUCUCCCCUCGAAGAAGCACAGAGCAGAGAACUUUGGGUUCUGCUGUUUCAUCCGCCUUGACUUCUGAUAAUAGGGCAGCACGAAGCCCUGUAACAAUAGGAGCCUAUCAAACGGCUUCUGUUAAUGAAAGUGAAGAUGAAGAGAAUCAGAACCCUGCUGAGAAACUUAAGAAACUGAAGGAGGUUAGAAAAAGACUAAAUGAGUUGCGUGAGUUGGUUCAUUAUUAUGAACAGACUUCAGACAUGAUGACAGAUGCUAUGAACGAAAAUACUAAAGAUGAGGAUGAAACUGAAGAUUCAGAAUAUGACUCUGAACAAGAAGAUGCUGAACCAACUACCAAUAUAAGAAAUCCACAGUAUCGGAGUAGCUGGGCACAAAUGAAUAUCAACUCGAAUAACCAGAGUGGAACAAAUAACCGUGAUGAAAGACAACUGAAUACUGAAUGCGAAAUUAACAACAGAUCUGCUGUUAAUUUAAGAUCUUUCAACAUGCCUUCAGCAUUAGAUUGCUUAUACAAUAUAGAACAUUCUGAUAAAGAGGAGGAUGGUAACCGAGAACUAGAUGAUGAAGAUGCAGAAGACCAAGGGAGCAGAGCCUCCUUGUCCAGCCAGAAUAGUGUUGCAGAUGAUGUCCAAAGUGUGGAUUUUGAACAGAAAUUCAAUCGACUUGUAGCAGCAAAACAGAAAUUAAAACAACUGCAAGAUCUAGUGGCAAUGUAUGGUGAUGAUUCUGAGUCUGAACCUGUAGCACCUGAGAGAUCUUUCAGUGGUGACCAGUUUCCUCCUGAAGCAACAACACUAAAACAGCAACCAAAUAACACUCGCCCAAAUGUGUCAAAAGCACAAAAAGAUAUAGCACUUAAAGAACAAGCAAGAGAGAAAUUCUAUGAGUCCAAACUUCAGCAGCAACAAAGAGAGCUCAGUCAGUUACAAGAAGAAAGGAAGAAGCUCAUUGAGAUUCAAGAAAAAAUCCAAACUUUAAGAAAAGCUUGUCCUGACUUACAGCUGUCCACAUCUAGUGCUGGAACUAACCCUGCAAACAGACAGAACAGACAAAUGACCACUACAACUUCAACUCCCGACGUCAAUACAAACGGUAACAUUGUUGUCCCAGCAAUGCCAGAUCCUGAGGAUUCAUCAUCUGUUGAUAAUGAGGUUUGGUCUGAAAUACGUAAACACCAAAUUUUACGAGAAGAUCUGAGGCAGAGAAGAAAGCAACUGGAAACUUUGAUGGCAGAGCAUCAGAGGAGACAAGGAAACACUGAAACAACAUCUGCUGCUUCAAUAAGGAGUGAUGACUCUGAUACUCAAGGACUUCAGCAGCAGACUCGAACUGAAAAGACUAUGGCUACUUGGGGAGGAUCCACACAAUGUGCCCUUGAAGAAGAAGAAGAGGAGGAGGAGGUUGAUGACGAAGAAUGCCUGUCGGAUGUACAUCAGAUAGAUAUUGAAGAAGAUGAGCAAGACAAUACUUCCUGUGAAAAUAAUUCUUAUCCUCAGAAUAGUAUUAGAAAAACUUCAUUUAAUGGAAGGAGCAGCAAAGAUGGGUGGAAAAACCAAUGUCCUCUUUCAGUUGAGGGCAAUCAUCGUCCCUCUCCUAAAACAAGACAACAGCAGAAUGUUAGUAUGCGGCGACAAGAAAAUUAUCGAUGGAUGUCUGAGCUUUCUCAUGUUGAAGAGAAGGAACACUGGCAAGAGCAAAUUGAUCAGAUUAAAAAACAGCUUGACUACAGCACCAGUAUCUGUCAGACUUUAAUGCGUGAUCAGCAGGCCCUGUCCUAUUUACUCCAGAGCAUGAUAACGACUCCCUACAGUGUAAUGCCAAGUAAUGUUGGAGCUUCACAGGUACAACUUAUAAUGCAUCAGCUUAACCAGUGCUACACUCAACUCAACUGGCAACAAAGCAAUGUUCUAAGGUUGAAACAAAUGUUGAAUGACCUUCUUGUACAACAACCACAGCACUUACAGGGAGAAAGCCACCAGAGAGAAGACAGAGGCAGUAGUGCACCUCCUCUUACAUCUCCUAACAUAUUUCCAAACUUCAGUUUCCUCCCACCAACCAUGAAUUUACUUAACAUGCCAGCAUUUGGCAGCAUUCCCAAUGUCGUUCCAGGAAUGAAUUUUAAUCCUGUUUUUCCACAUGGCUUCGAAAAUUUCACCCAAAAUGUAGCUUCUCAUACUGACACUCCUCUCCAACCACAUGAUCAAAACACUUCUGGGAAGACCGAGUAUAUGGCCUUUCCCAAACCAUUUGAAAGCCAUCGGUCCAAUUCAACAGAAAAGGAAAGGAAUCCACCAAAGAAACCAGAUGAGAGCGAGCAAGGCAGAAGAGUAUGGGUAGAAAAUCAUCAAAAGAGUGAUCAAGAAAAGAAACCAGCAUGUUUUGGUGCUGGACUUUCAGCAGGUGGUGCGUCAGCCAAGCUGGCAGAAGAAUCCAGGAAAGUAAAGCAGUUUGAUGAGGUGUCUGUGGAGAGUUUGAGCAGUAUGCCUGAUCCAGUGGAUCCAACGACUGUAACUAAAAUGUUCAAGUCUCGAAAAGCAUCUGCACAGGCCAGUCUUGCAUCAAAAGACAAAACCCCCAAAGCAAAAAAUAAGAAAAGGAAGGUUUUUCAUCAGAAAAGCAAAGGAAUCAAGAGUUGCGGAUUUCAAGCUGCUAGUGCAUCCAGUGCAUCUGAACCGAAUCAGACCACUUGCAAACAUGCUCAGACAGAGGAAGUUGUUGUGGGGAAUGUGAUUAAAACCAGCAGUGCACAAAGAGUAGAAAAGGAAAGCAAAGCUACUGAAAUGUCCUCAGAGGCUGGCAGUGAUGUUUCAAUGUUUGAAACGCUGCGUGAUACCAUCUACUCUGAAGUUGCCACACUAAUUUCACAAAAUGAGUCCCGGCCUCACUUCCUUAUUGAGCUGUUUCAUGAGCUGCAACUUCUAAAUACAGAUUAUCUGCGACAAAAAGCCUUGUUUGCACUACAGGACAUUGUAACCAGACAUGUGAGUGAAGGCAAUGCAAAGAAGCAUGAAACCUGUACUAAAGCACUGGAGUCAACUGGUUGGAUGGCUUCAACCUCUGAGCUAACACCAAGCGAGAGUCUGGUCACCACUGAUGAUGAGAUGUAUGCUAAGAAUUCAGAUGGCCCAGUUUGUCAGGAAGGUGAACAGAAUGAUGGUGAUAACAUUAGCUCUUUAUCAACCUCCUCAAACUUUGAGCCAUUUGCCACUGAUGACUUGGGAAACACUGUGAUUCAUUUUGACCAAGCAUUGGCUAGAAUGCGAGAAUAUGAACGCAUGAAAAGCGAAACUGAAAAUGGGUUGGUUGCAGACUGCUGCAACAAUCUCAACGCUGCUGCCUCAAGUUUGGAAGGAACAAACGAUGAAGCGAGAGGACGUGCUCAGCAUUCUGUAGAUGAUGCGUCUGGAAUUCCCUGCCCAUAUAUUGAUUCCAAGCAGCUUGACAGACAAAUAAAAGCGAUUAUGAAGGAGGUUAUCCCUUUCUUAAAAGAACACAUGGAAGAGGUUUGUUCACCUAAUUUACUUACAUCGAUCAGGCGGUUAGUUUUAACACUGACGCAGCAAAAUGAUGAAAGCAAGGAAUUUGUGAAGUUCUUCCACAAACAGCUUGGAAGCAUUCUACAGGACUCACUGGCCAAAUUCAGCAGUAAAAAGUUAAAAGAUUGCGGAGAAGAUCUUCUUGUCGAAAUUUCAGAAGUUCUGUUCAAUGAAUUGGCUUUCUUCAGACUGAUGCAAGACCUGGAUAAUAACAGCACAGCAGUUCAAGGGACAGUUUCAAGAAAGCCUGAGGCAGUUGUGGUUUUGGAGUCUUUCACCAAAGAGGCUGACAAAGAAGAGAAAACCUGUCCAGAGGAAAACUUUUCUACUACGAGAGAAACGGAUGAUGAAGAUAAAGACAAGGAUGAAACAGAGACAGCAGAAGAAAAUAGAAAUUUUGAUGCUGAAGUCUUGAGUGGAAAAUCUGACAUUUCUGAGGAAGAUGAUUUGGAUGAAAGCUUGCCUGUAUCUAUAAGUUUUACAAAAGCUGAGACACAGGCCUUAACAAACUAUGGCAGUGGUGAAGAUGAAAAUGAAGAUGAGGAAAAUUAUGAAUUUGAGGCCAGGCCUGUUGAUGUCCAAACAUCCCUUGAAACCAGUAGUGAAAUUGCAGAUGAAACUGAAAAGGAAGAGAUGGAGGUCAGACCUGAGGCCAAUAUUGAGAAUGAAAAGGCAUUGUCAUUAGCAGUUAAUGUAAUGGGAGAACUGUCCAUUCACGAAGAUCAGGCAAAAUCUGAUUGUGAUGUUCUGGCUCAUCCAUCACUGCUUUUGAGCAACGAAAAAGCUACAGAUUUCUCAGGGACAGCACUUGUUAAUAAUGUUAAGUCACCUGUGGAUUCACCUGGCACCUCUGGAGCUGGCAGUUCUGAUACUGAAUCUCCUGUCUUGGUGAAUGACUUUGAAACUGGAUCAGGAAACCUAAGCCAGAAGUCUGAUGAAGAUGACUUUGUGAAAGUUGAGGACUUGCCACUUAAACUUUCUUUGCCACAGGAACAGAUAAUGAAAGACAUUGAGGAAGAGGAGAAUAAAAAUAACUUGUGUGAUGAAAUCUUGAAUAUCAAUGACGAAGAGAAUGGCGCAGAUCAAUUGGCAGGAGAUCCUCUUGCUUUAAAAGAACCUGUCCGGCCAUCCACCCUGCAUGAACUGAAACUGACAAACAAGAUGAUCACAUCAUACAGAAGUGGGAAAAAAAAGUCUGGAAAUGUAUUCAACUUAAGUUUUUGAUACUGCCUUUUAGGCCAAUUCUGCCUGCGUCAGGUGUUUUCCAAUAACAAGCAUAUAUUGAUCCACAAGCCUGUCUUUUUCCUCUCUUUAAGGUUCUCGGUUUUUUUCCAUUUUGUAACUUCAAAAAUAUUAGAAUUAAGCUCUAAAUAAAGUUUUGGUUUGUCUGUACUUUAGUUUUUUUUGUUUUUUUCAUGUUAGAAUGAAGUUCUCAAUAAAGUUUUGGUUUGUCUGUA